AUGUCCCACAGCAAGCAGUUCACCCUCUAUACACACAAGAGUGGUCCCAAUGGCUGGAAGGUUGCCUUCGUUUUGAAAGAGCUCGGUCUGACAUACGAGAGCAUAUAUCUCGACUUCCAAAAUAACGAACACAAGGCCCCCGAGUUCACCAAAUAUAACCCGAAUGGACGUAUUCCCGCCUUGAUCGAUCAUCACAACAAUGACUUUGUCGUCUGGGAGUCGAAUGCCAUUGUUCUUUACCUCACCGAGAAGUACGACACGGCGCACCGCAUUUCUGCAUCUACAUUCGAGGACAAGACACUCGAACUCCAGUGGCUAUUCUUCCAGGCCUCUGGUCAAGGACCGUACUUUGGGCAGGCAAGAUGGUUCGCUGACCUCCAUCCAGAGAGGGUUCCCAGCGCAAUUGAGCGGUACCAAAAGGAGACUCGCCGUGUACUCGGUGUCUUGGAUGGCGUUCUCUCCAAGCAGGAGUGGCUAGUUGGUGACAAGUAUACUAUUGCUGACAUAACCUUCAUUCCGUGGAACAAUUCGGCGUUCAACACAAUCCUGGCCGACGUGGAAGGUGUCAAUAUUGAGAAGGACUUCCCGUUUGUCUAUGCCUGGCACCAGAAGCUGAUGGCGAAGGAUGUGGUGAAGAGUGCAUGGGCAGAGAGAGCGGCCUUGAUUGCACAGUAA